CAUCAUCAUCCCCACCAUCAUCAUUCGGCGCCUCGUUGAAUUUUGCACGUUUUGCAGCGUCUCUUCCAGUGUUCGCUGCUUUUGUACGACGUACGGUGGGGAGCACUGUAGAAGAUGUUCCUGAUAGUAGAAUUUCUGGAGGAAGAGCGAUGUGGGACACAUUCAGUUGAAAUAGUUCCUGCCUCAUGGGUCAAAGGUAGCGUCUGUAAAUGGCCCAAAGUGCCAUCCGAUAAGGCACGAAAGCUCAUCAUGAAGUGCGCCCCUCCUACAGCGUCGUGGGACAGCUUUCACGUUGCCAUAAAAGGCUCUUUUUCAACGUAUCAAGAUGCAAACAGUAAGCUGAAUGCUGCCCAGUACACCUCAGACAUCAACUCCGCUUCCGAUACAGGGUGUCAAAAGAGGAAGCCUGUCCCACUGCGGCAUUUUGAUGAUUAUGCGGAAGUCCCAGCCUUAGGUUCACAGACUAGAAGAAAAAGAAAGCGGAUUGAGUCAUUUGACUCGGACACUGAUGUGGACGACGUAGACACUCUGCCAAGUCCGCCACCUUUCCCAACGCCAUUCCCUGAGAGGGGUAAUAAUAACUUUGCGAGUCACCAUACUUCACCCACCGGAAGUAUAGUCCAGAGCGGCAGCGUUAACAGUGACCUCAAUCACUGUGGCCAAGAUGAACCUGAGACUCAUGACAACAGUGGUCAAGCCUUCCAGGAUAUAAGAGUCGACCUCCUAGCAGGAGAGGGCAGCCUGCCGCAAUCACGGAAACAGAAGGUUGUGCCACACGAAGAGUUUCAACGGCAGGCUAUGAGGCUGCUGCAUAUGAUGCGCCUAACCCAGCUGCAACAUGGUGAAGUACUGGAGGAGCUGUGUUCUCGACACACUCGCGUUCUUGAGCAUUGUCCGUCCAUGAUUCAAGCACCUUUCACCACCACUGAAGACCUGGAGGCAUUUGACAGCACCCUGAACGAAAGCAAGACAGCUCAACUGAUAGACGAACUAUGUCGCCUUGGUGGUAAUGAUGUUGGCCACGCAACACGGAACAUCCUGUGCUACAUAUUGACAGACUCCUUGGCGGAACAGUACAGCUGGAUUGGCCAGAAAGGGAAACGAAAAUUCGCAGUGCUCAAAUUCCCCAGCAUCAUUUUCAGGGCUGUACGAGCAAACACAAAAACGACCACAGCAAACAAGGUGGAAGUGGAGACGCACAUCAAGGCAUGGUUGCGACAUGCUAAAGACCGAGAAAAAAAGCUGGCGAGAGUAACUGUAGAAUGAGCACAACGUUUACACAGGGAGCUUUUUUGUUUUAAACAGUUGUCUCAGUAAGUAUAGUUCUCAGCGCUACAUGCGUCUGCCACAGCUUCGCUACUAUGACCACUGAUGGCUAUUUAGAUAAAAUGUGUUAACUUUUUCAUUGGGGCUUUCAAAGAAAGGUGUAAUAACUGUAUGAUAACUGUAUUGGAGGCAGUUCAUUUGAAAUGCGAAAUUUGCAAAGAAAUGUGGAAUGUGAAGAAUAUUAAUGAGGCAAAUAUUAAAAUUGUGAUUAAAAGUGUACAAUAGUAAGAAGACUUGUAUAGAAUAAAAUGUCAGAAUGAAAUUGGGUGAAGGAUAAUUCAAAUUAUACCGUGUGUCUCACCUAGAUCCCCGGGCUAAAUAAUUCGCGAAUGGGUGCACCAAACCAAGAACUUUCGUUUUUAUUUUCUGUCCGAUACCACCCACAAGCUGCACUCUGUGUGAAUGAGUGGGAAGCGCUCAUUCUUUAAUUAAAAAUUCAAAGUUUCGUUUAAAAACGUAACUUCUAAAGCUGCACGCUAUGGGCACUAAAAUGGGUACUACCCCUAUUAGGACCUUCAGUGACCACCCUUUAGACAAAAAUCUGUUAACGAAGCGGAUCGUUUGUUGCAAUAGGUAAUUGAUUUCGGCUUACAUGUUUUUCGUCACAGCCAAGCGCAAAAGGGCGUAAUUCAUUGGUGUGUAAGGAUGUAAUUCAUUGGAAGAAGACCAUAGUGGGUUGUGUUUGGACACCUAAACAAAAAUAAAGUUAAGUUAAAUUCGUGUGUAAGUGAGUUUAAAAGCCCCCUUUUGCGCUUCAGUACGACCACCCACGACAAAAUUGUGUAAACUGAAACCAAUUAAUUACUGCAACAAAUGGCCGCUUCAUCUGGAGAUUUUCCUCUAAACGUUGUCCACUGAAGGUCCCAAAACCUGUAGUACCCAUUUUAAUAACGACAGCGCCCUGCCUUAGAAGUUGUUCUUUUUACGAAACUCAUUUGAAUAUUUCUUUAGAUAAUGAGCAAGCAAAACACUCAUUCACACGGUGCGCAGCUUGUUGGCGGUAUCAAACAAGUACUUGUAAAAAAGAAAGUUAUUCGAUUGGUGCACCCGUUUGCAAAUUAUUUAGCCCGAGGAUUUAACUGAAACACCCGGUAUACUCCAUUGGAGAUUUCCUGUAGACACGCUUGCUUCCAACUUGUGCUGCCAUGUUGGAAAAUCACAGGUCCUCAGUAGGGUGGUAAUUUCAUCUAAUUAGGGAUCUGGUAGUUACGACGUACCAUAAACAAUGCAACUUUCUCACUGUAUAGGAGUGCACACAAAGGAAAGACAGAGACAGUGUAUGAAAAUACUAAAACAGCCCCAGCAACAGCGACUGAUUGAAAAAGACCAGGUAACAUUUUAAAACACUGAACUAUUAACGUGGUGUUUCUGCCUGUGCUGCUUCUGCGCGCCUAUACCUCUGGUACUCAAGCUAUCCUCGACACCUUGAUAGCGUAUUUCGUUCUGCAAAAAGUCUGUUUCAGGCAAAAAAACUCCCUGUAUUUUUGGCACACAUUAUGUAUGCCGAGGUUUUAAGGAACUGCUAGGGCGGCUUCCCUGUUGUACUGUUAUUGCACACUUCAGUCCAAGGGGACUUUGAAAUACUGUCAUGCAUAUCGCGGUGUGCUAGUCUGAGCGAACUGUGAAAGGACUCACUUUUUAUAUAUAUAUAUACUGAUAAAUACAUUCUAGUCUGCUGUGUCGGUCAAGGCGACCUAUGUCACACUCCCAUGCCUAACCUAACCUCGAGGAGCUUACAGGAUAUUUUUAUAUAGAGACAUAUGUAGACAUAUACAGGUGACCUCGUCUGAGGAAUUGUGAAACUUACCGUAGUACUAUUAAUCCUAGUCUGCACCAAUUUUCAAGGGGCGUUACUGUGAUACCGACUGUCAAGAGCAGUCAUUGUUACACUGUGAUAUGUAUCCAAGCCUCAGGACCUGUUGUGAUUGAGUUUUUGAUACUUUUAUAUACUUUCCCGUCAGUACUCACUGUGCUACAUAACCUUGUCAGACUGUACGUUUACAUAUAUUGUGAAAUGUAUGCUGUUUAUACCCAUUAAAUAAUCUAUAAUAAAGCUACAAUAA